AGACGUGUAAGUGUUCGUAUCGCUUUAUAAACUCCCAGCCUUAUAGGUUUCACCUUUAUCAUUGCUGGAUGAAACCUGCCAGGAGCUUGAAAUCAACUCAUCUGAUCAUUAGAUGCCCGUGAACAGAGAAGUAUUGACUGCACAUAUAACACCAUGACGGCACACAGGCAAGAAAACCAUUUGAGGAGACCUCUGACAUACAUUUUUUUACUGUUGAUCAUUGAAGUUGCAGUGGGACAGCGCAGUGUUAAUAACAAAGGGGAUUGCUCUCAAAAUGAAUACUGGAGUGGAGAUGGAUUCUGCUGUGACAAAUGUAAUCCAGGGUAUAGGUUAAUAAAGAAAUGCUCUGGCGGAGUGGGAUCUACAUGUGAAAAAUGUAUGAAAGGGACCUACCAAGACAAGAUGAACUAUUUCUCAAACUGCUUUAGAUGUCAGAAAUGCAUCAAGCCUAGCAGACUUCGGGCAGUGGAGAUUUCAUCAUGUACAUCAACAAGUAACACAGUUUGUGGAUGUCAGCCUGGAUACAUCCAGAGAAAACUUGAUAUCAUAACCUGGGACUGUGUCCCUAAAAAAAGCAGACAUUUAUCCAAAGUGACUUACAAAACAGAGGAGUACAACGAAGCAAAUCAUCCUGAAGAGAAGUGAAGAGAAGAUACAAAGUUUCAUUAGAGAUGUGUUAUAAUGUAGCUACUAUGUGUAAAAUACUGGAUUAAUAGGCAAAAUGUUUACAGUACAAUGUAAAAUGCUUGUACACUCAAGUGUUGUUUUCUAAACAAAUUAUAUUUAUUUAUUUAUUUUCGGAUUUUUCAACUAUAUUAGUUUAUCAGUAUAAUUUAAGAAAACACAUUUUUACCCAACAUAAUUUUGUGACAACAACACUCUUGCAAAAUUCUUGUCUUAUUGGUUUGUAUUACUUAUUUUAUCAUUGAGAUGUACAGUAUUUUUUAUUAUUCAGAUUUAUUUUUGUACAAUACAGUAUUACAAGCAUACCUUUCAAUUCAACCUUUUUGACAAUGCCAUUGUAGACUUGUGUCUCGCUUGUGAUAAUAUAACUGCUUUAUAUAAAUCAUAUCAAGCACCUGCUUUCUGGGAAGAAAAGUAACAUUGAUUUCAGGAGACUGUCAUGAUCCUGCCUUUCUUGUCUAUGCUUUUUCUAGUUUUGUGUCAGGAUCAUGGCAGUCCAAUGUUUUGUGUGGAAGCACGUGGCCAUUGUUUUCAGGCCAGGUCUGGCUCUUUCUCAAGGUUUUUUUCUCCCUAGGAAUUUUUCCCACAGGGUUUUUCUCCUAGGAGUUUUUCUCUGGUUUUCCUUGUAAUGCUUGUGUUUUGCUCUGUUGACACAGAAACAACAUACAAAUGUGAUAAAUCUGAUGUAUUGUAUUUCUUAAUAUGUCAAACGUUAUAUUACAACAGACUACCUCAUACCUCAUUACAUUUGGAUU